AUGGCAUGUCCCUUGUAUGGUUGUGGAGUACCUCAAAUUCAGGCUUUGACAGUAAAAAGAAUUGACUACAAGAGAAUCGGUAAUUUCUUCCGGUUGAAUUCCGAUCACUUAAAAUUGACAAAUCGUCAAACUUUCCUAUACACGGGUUUGGGAGCAGCAGCAUUCAGCGAAUUUGGAAGUCCAGACAUCCCCGACUGUGAUCCAGGGAGCACUGGGGGUAAGAAUGGGGUUGGUAUUUUAGUUGACAGGGAGCUCGUGGUUGAGGUUAGGAGGGUAAAUGAUAGGUUGAUGAGUAUUAAGCUGGUAGUUGGUGGGUUUACUGUAAACGUGAUUAGUGCAUAUGCUCCUCAGGUAGGUUUGGACCAGGAGGUCAAGAAGCAAUUCUGGGAGGAUUUGGACGAGAUGGUCCAUAGUAUCCCGCACAUAGAGAAGUUGUUCAUUGGCGGAGAUUUCAAUGGUCAUAUUGGGGCUAGUGCUAGGGGUGAUGAUGAUGUACAUGACGGGUACGGUUUUGGCGAUAGAAAUGGGGGAGGUAAUUCUCUGUUGGAUUUUGCUAGAGCUUUUGAUUUGGUUAUAGCUAACUCGAGUUUUCCGAAGAGGGAAGAGCACCUAGUCACUUUUCGGAAUUCAAUGGGCAAGACCCAGAUUGAUUAUCUUCUCUGCAGGAAAUGCGAUAAAGGUCUGUGCACUGAUUGCAAGGUCAUCCCAAGUGAGCACCUCACAACUCUUCAUAGGCUCCUAGUUAUGGACCUGGAGAUCAAGAGAAGUAGGAGGAAGAGGGAGGGGUGCAGGUAA